GCGCGUUCCACUUGACUGAAUAACACAAAUUUUACAACACAUUCCAAGAAUCUCCCUGUAUUUGUCAAAAUAGUAAUACCGCCUUACAUUGUCGUGUUCCGCCCCGAGCAGGAAAUGCUUGUUUACAUCAUAAUCAAACAGUUUUGUUGUAAAUCAUUGGUUAUCUGACUUAUCAGGUAUAUAUGAAACUGAACAUGGACUAUCGAGCCGUGAUUGGAGGUUUAUUUUCUCUUUCAGUUUUUUCUGUCGUUCAAGGACUCACAUGUUACAGCUGCUCAUACCACGAGAACGAAAUUAAACGUGAUUAUGAAUGCGUGAUCGACCCGGCCAACGUCACUACCGCCAAUACUGUACAGUGUCCAGACGAUAGCUGGUGCUUCACAAAAGUGUUGUACCACAAAGAUACAUUAGAAAUUCGUUCUAUAACCCGAGGAUGUGGAGAGCAAACUUCAUUGGAUUGUGGCAGAAAUUGUUGUUCUUCCGAUAUAUACUGGCACACGUGUUUAACAGAAUGCCUUUCCAACAAUGAAUUGUGUAACGAUAAAGACAAGUCAGACUACGACACUGGUGGCUCCAGAGGCCCGUCAGACGGAAGUUCCCGUAGUUCUAUUCCUCUGUUUAUGAUAUUCACCAUUUUUGUGUCUUUCAUCUUGGUCUUCUAAGAAGCAUGAAUUCAUCAGCCAUUGAAUAAACAUGAAAUGAGAUCACAA